CAGGAACUGCUUUCAUGAGAGUUCCAUGGAAUGCUGCAGCAGCUUGUUGCAAGAAAGACUCGGGAAGAGCUAUUGGAGGGUGCUGCCAGCGCACAUGGAGUAACUUUGACCCGAUCCCUGAGCACUUGGGACUUGCUCGCUGCGGACUGAGCUCAGGCAAUUGGAGUCGGCUCCACUGUCGGCACUGGCGUAUUCUCCAUCACAGGCGAAGUGGCCAACCAGGAGGCUGGUCCUGCCGUGGUUCUUUGUUGGUGCUUUGGUGGUUUCGGAUGCUUGCUCUCUGCGCUUAGCUAUAUGGAACUUUCUGCACGUAUUCCCGCAGCUGGUGCUGGUUACGCUUUUGCUUACCAUUUGUUGGGGGAGGUUUUUGCAGUUUGCGGGGCUGCACUUAUCACCCUUGAGUAUGGGAUCUCGGCCUCUGCGGUGGCGGCAAAUUGGGGGGAGAAAUUCAGGACCUUGCUCACGUCUGCAGGUGCAAUUCAAUUGGCUGCAAAAUCCAUCGUGCAGCUUGGCCCACUGACUCUGUCUUUCCCGGCACUUGCCGUUUUAGUUGCGGUGACUGGCAUGGUGUAUCUUGGAGGAGAUCUGGGCAAGCGCUUUGCCAGAGGUUCCUCAGCCUUGGCCGUGAUUCUCAUUUUGCUCAUGACUAUCAUUGCAAGCACGAGUUUCGAGGCCUCUAAUUUCCAGCCCUUCGUGCCGCGAGAGUUUGGGAUUGGCGGUGUUAUGGCAGGUUGUGUGACUACUUUCUUUGGGUUUCUCGGGUUUGAUGAAGUCUGCUGCAUGGCUGGCGAGGCCUUGCAACCUGAAAAGACAGUCCCUCGCGCAUUGAUUGGAACGUUGCUGUGUGCAACGAUUUUGCCUGUGGCAGCCUCUUUAGCACUUGUGGGCUUCACUCCGUACAAUCUCAUCAAUCCAAGUUCCGGCUUUGCGGUGGCCUUCCAUGAGAGGGGCUGGAUAGCUUUAUCUUACGUUGUACAGCUUGGCCAGCUAGUUGUCCUCUUUGUUGUGACCUACAUGUGUUUCCUGGCACAGCCCCGAGUGUUCUACGCACUUGCCAGGGACGGCCUCCUACCACAGAAGUUUGCUGAGUUGAAUGACGCCAAUGAACCAUGGUUUGCCACAUUGAUGACUGGCUUCCUUGUUAUUAUUUGUGGUACUUUCCUGCCCUUUGACACUCUAGCGAACGCAAUAUCUGGCGGGGUAUGCGUCAACUUCAAUUUGGUCAACUGCUGCGUUGUGAUGAUCCAUGGUGGCCAAGAUGGCGACAAUCCGUCUAGACGACUUGGAGCAAGCCUUGCUUCCUUCAAUCUAUUCUCCCUGGUUGAAUCUUUGCUUCUUCGGCAACUCUUGCAUGGCGAGCAAAGUUCUGCCCUUUGGACUAUUGCUGCAGCUGUUGCACUGGCCCUUUUGGUGAGCUUUGUCGUGAUAUGGUGCUCUGUCCGGCAGGAAGCUGGGGAGAACACGGUUGGCACUGAGGCCUUCUUCCGAGUACCAUGUCUUCCUUUGCUUCCAUGCUGUGCAAUGCUCUUCAACAAUGUAAUGAUCUCAUCCAUGAAGGGCUUGGACUUCUUGCUUCUUGCUUCGUAUUUGGCAAUUGUGGUUUGCCCCUACCUACUCUUUGCGUGGAGGUGCAGUCAACACAGGAUGUCCAUUCGGUGUGAAGAGAUUUCCUUCUCUUCAAGCCGCGCAAAUGCAACCUGAAGCGAGAGCAAACAGCCAGUCAGCGUUUGACUGCGAGAAUGUAAAAUAAGAGAAUGACAGCAAAUGAACAAUCAAAAGGGUAUAUAGCAAGAAUUGCCUUUGCAUAAUUUAGCCUUUGGCUCUAUCUGGCUCUGAGAGCAACAUGUGAC